UUGAUCGCGGCGUUACGCUUGUCGAUCGCUUGGCUGUCCAUUCCAACUCGAUUAGACGAAGACCAAAGCCGCGAUUAUUCGCAGUCCACCUAUUCGUCGUGGUUCCGAGAGACCCACCAUUAUUGGAACUCCCACCCUCCUCUUUUUAUGACCCGCCCCACCACCCCCAAGAGGAGCCGCCGUAGAAGCCUUGAGAUCACCAUGGACUCCUCUCGCUCAUCCUCUUUCUCUUCCCCUUCUCAUGGAUCGCUGAACGACGCCGGCCCCGAAGCAGGCAACAGCAGCGCCGCGUUGGGAAGGCUGUAUUAUGACGGCUUCGACGACGAACCGCGUCACUUCUUGGACUGCUGCUCCCUCUGCAGGAAGCCCCUCGCGAGCAACCGCAACAUAUUCAUGUACAGAGGGGACACGCCGUUCUGCAGCGAGGAGUGCCGGCAGGAGCAGAUCGAGAUCGACGAGGCCGGGGAGAACAGCCGGAAGCUCUCCGUGAAGGUGUCCAGGUCGAGGAAGGAGCGGCGGAAGAGUGGCGAGUCCCAGAAGAUUCACGUCUGGGCCGACACUGCCGUGGCUAGGUAAACUACGGCACACUCGAUAUAAAGCUGUAGGUAGUGUACAAAGUCGAAACCCGAGAGGAGUGGCAAAGAGGAAGAAGCUCUUUUGCUUGCAUAGGGCGACGAGUGUUGUAACCUUUGCCUGGGUUGAGACUUGUUCUUCAUCGCUUUUCUUACUGUUUGUUGUUCUUGAUGAAGUGGUAAUCGAGGCUUUGAUCCCUCUCUAA